CUCAUUUUAUGUUCCCGCUAGGUUUUAUUAACGCAAAUGCAUGUUUAAACAUUCCCAUCGUUGUAUGUGCAACUUAAAAGAUAUUGAGGAACACACACUCUUGUGCGCCGGAAAUUGGACAAACGCGAUAAAAGGGAGAGGAAAAAAAAAAAUAGCAAACGGGAAGUGGCAAACGGGGAAGUAGUAAAACGGCGAAGUAGCAAACGCCGAAGUAGUAACACGGCCACUCGGCAAAACCGCGCAGUGACAAUAUAUCGCUUUAAUCGAAAGAGUCGACAAAAAAAAAAAAAAAAAUUCACCACUUUUUUGAAUUCCUCGUGAAAAAAAUUCCCUAAUUAUAAGUUAUGAGCGCCAGGCGCAAUUUCCCCUAGGGCCGCUCUCUUACACACACGCGGAAGCGAACAAGUGCGAGCGAACAAACACAUCAGUACCUGCACAUCAGCACCUGCACAGCAACACCUGCACAGCAACACCUGCACAGCAACACCUGCACAGCAACACCUGCACACCGACACGUACACAUCAGCACCUGCGCACCCACGCAUGCGAAAUCUGCACACACUCCCGCGCGCGCACAUCCCCGUGACUCAAAAGAUACACCCACACAGACGCACAUUCCACCUGUCUGCCCUCCCUAAUGAAAAUAUCCAACGCUUUUCUCCUCCUCCAACUGCUUCUCUUAUCGUACUGUUUCACACCAUGCCUGUCGCAAAAACGACACGCCACUAGGGGGGCGCUGCAUUCUUUAAAGUCGAUCGAGCAUGAGGUGCAGAGGAAGAAAAACAAGAAGAAAAAAAUUAUCCUGUAUUCCAUAGGCUCCAUCUUAGCGCUAGCAGCAGUCAUAGCAACUGGGGUAGGCAUUGGAAUGUACAUUAAAAAGAAAAAAAAAAACUCCUUGGAAAAGUUACAACAAAUUGAGCCUCAGAAGUUAGAAAGCAAAACAGAUGAGAGCGAUCCGCUGUUGGGCAAAUCGGAGGCUGCCAAGGUUGAGGUUAAAGGGGACAGCGAAGAGGUUCCUCAGGAGGUGAGCAGCCCGAGCGAAGCGCUCGACGUGGAACCCCCCGUGAGUGAAGCGCUGAACAUGGAACCAGCGGUGGGAGAAAGUGCCAACUUCGAAGACAGCGCGAAGGGAGAAGUGGACAUCGAACCAGUGAGCGAAGUGGAGAGCAUCGAACCGGUGAGCGAAGUGGAGAGCAUCGAACCGGUGAGCGAAGUGGAGAGCAUCGAACCAUCCGUCGACGAAGUGAUGGACGCAGCAGAACCCAUUUCAACCGAACCGGUGAACGUGGAACCCGCGGGAAACGAAACGGAGAAUAUCGUGCCAACCUCAUUCGAACAGGUGAACAUCGAACCAGCGGUAAGCGAAGCGUUUAGUCAGGAGAGAAGCGGCGAGGAAACUGCAGACUUCGAAGACAGCGUAAAGGAAGACGUGAUCCCUGAGUCCCCCCCAGUCGAAUCGGUUACCAUCGAAGCGGAGAACAUCCAACCAAUGAACGUCGAACAAAUGAAUGUCGAUCCAACAGUAAGCGACGCGGAGAGCAUCGAACCCACCCCAGUCGAAGCGGUGGACAUAGAACCAGUGAACGUCGAGCCAGUGAACGUCGAACCAGCGGUAAGCGAAACGAUGAGCCAGGAGCCAAGCCUCGACGAAGUGGAGAAUGUCGAAUCAGCAGUUAACGAAAUGAUGAGUCAGGAGCCAAGUGCCGAGGAAACAGCAAACUUCGCGCACAGCAUAAAGGAAGACGUGAGCCCCGAAUCAACCUCAGUCGAAUCACUAGACGUGGAAUCCUCCGUAAGCGAACCAAUGAGCACUGAUCCCUCCCCAGUAGAGUCUGUGAGCAUGGAAUCAGUUGAUAGCGAAACGGUGAACGUCGAAUCAAUUGACAGCGAAACGGUGAACGUCGAACCCAGCGAUGAGACCAGCAAGGUGGAAGCAGACGUGCAGCAAUUUACUGAUGAGGAGCUUUCAACCAUUGGGAACGUAGCAGAUAAGGCGAGUGACGGACCAGCUCCAGAAGCAAGUGACUUCCCGGAUUCUAUUUUUGAAGAAAAUUUGGACAACGCCAAUCCGCCUCUGAAGUUGGAAGAUGCGCUGGUUGACCCUCCAGCAAGUGACGAAGCGCAGCCCGAACCUUCUCAUCCGAAUGAAGCAGUUGGAGCGGCCAAAUCUGCUGAAUCUGCUGAAGCGGAUCAGAUCUCGCACAGCGGAAGUGGUGACGCCUCGCCAAGUGCCCCCAGCAGCAGCGACGAUACCAGUGGCAGUAAAAAUUCGGGAACGUCUGGAAAGGAUAGACUGUUCAAAACUUACGACUCAGAUGUAGAACCCCCAAUUGUCCCGGAAAAGUACCCAACGGUUGGAGUUAAGGAAGCCCCCAAAAUGGGUUUUGCGGAAAUGGCAUUCAAAAAUAUUUUUGAUACGUUUUCCAAAGUUGCGGAUGCAUCGAAGGUGCUCACCCCCGAGAAGCAGUCCGCCCCCGAGAAGCAGUCCGCCCCCGAGAAGCAGUCCGCCCCCGAGAAGCAGUCCGCCCCCGAGAAGCACUCCACUCCCCCUAAGCAAUCAACUUCCCCGAAAGAGUCCACUUCCCCCAAGCAGCCCGCUCCCCCUAAGCCAUCCACUUCUCCUAAGCAAUCAGCUCCCGCCAAGCAGUCCGCCCCCCCUAAGCAAUCCGCUCCCGCGAAACAAUCAGCUCCCGCUAAAAAUGCCGCUCCUCCCCAAAGCGCCAGCUCCUCCCGAUUUUUCAGCUCCUCUUCGAACGGGAACAAAGGAUUUGGAUUGCGUCUGUUUUCAGAUGCCUCAAGUUCGAAUAACAAAAAGGGACGUGCAGGCAACCCCAUCAUUAGGUUUAAAAGGCGGGCUAACUGA